AUGAAUUCUAAAGAAAAAGAAAAUAGAGCAAUUUAUACAGGACUAUAUAGAAAUAAUAAAACCAAUUUAAAGAUUUCACUUGGUUUAUGUUAUAUUGGUGUUGGCACUGAAAUAUUUAAAAUUCUAUACCACAAAAAAAUUGUAACUACAUUAGUAUCAACUAUGGGUUGCUCAUUCUUUCUUGGUACUUUAUAUUUUUACCACAAAAUUACACCAAAUCAACUUAUUAAAUUUGUACCAACAAAAGAUGAAGAAGAAUCUCAAGUAAAAACCGAAACAACUAUAACAUCCGAUGACGAAUCUGACCAAAGCGACGAUGAAAGUGAUGAUGAAGAAAUAGAAAUUACUGAAGAAGAAGAUCACAAUUUAUCUUUACCAAAUAAAAGACCAACAUUCAAUUAUUUAAGAUACUAUAAAUCUUUAGGCUAUGGUGCAUUAGGUGGUGUUAUUGGAAACCUUAUCGCAACUGCCGGUUUAGCAAUCACAUAUGACUUGGACGUAGCAACAGAAUGGAAUAGAGAUUUCUAUUUAGAAAUUUUUUCAUAUAUCUCUGGUACCACCCUUCAUAAUGCCGUUGUAUUUUUAUUAUUAGAUUCAGCAAUGAAAACCAAAUUUUUCAUGUUUGAAAAAAAGAAAAUUUUAAAUAACCUUAAAUAA